GGUGGGGGUUUGAAAGAUGGCGGCGCACACACAGAAGAACAACAAGUCGGGGAAACCUGGAGGAAAAGAGGCUCAGCCGCUCAUCAUCGCCAAGACUCCGGCGGAGGAGCAGCGGCUGAAGUUGGAGCGGCUGAUGCGGAACCCGGAGAAGGCCGCUCCCAUCCCGGACCGGCCCAAAGAGUGGAACCCGCGGGCUCCGCCGGAGUUCGUCCGGGACGUGAUGGGCUCCAGCGCGGGAGCGGGCAGCGGCGAGUUCCACGUCUACCGGCACCUGCGGCGCAGGGAGUACCAGAGGCAGGACUUCCUGGACAAGAUGUCCGAGAAGCAAGACCGGGACCAGCGGUACCUGCACAAGGUGGAGGAGAACAAGCAGGCGGCGGAGGAGAGGACCGCCAAGCGGCGGAAGAAGCGAGAGAAGCUGAAGCAGAAGAAGAUGUUGGCGAAGAGAGCCAAAGAGGAGGAGAAGAAGAAAAAGGAGGAGGGAGAGGAGACGGACGAGGAGGAGAAGAGCUCCGAGAGCAGCGACGAGGAGGAGAAGGAGGAGAGGGAAGCUGAGGAUGAUGCGGAGGUUCCGAGCUUCAUCAUGGGGAGGAAAUGAAUCCCAUAGAGACAGUCAGGACUUUUGUUUUUAACUGAACACUUUGUGGAUGUUUUCCCACAAAACGCAAGAAAACUGUCAUCGAAGCCUGUAAGGGACUAACUACUGAAGUCUGCAAGAUCCAGACAUUUAUCUGCAGUCAGACCUGGACUUUGAGCCACUGACUGGUUUGAUAAAGGAAAAAGCUCUCAGUAAUGGAGCAGACUUUUUUUUGCCAUAGUUAGGCUACAUUUACCAACCUUUUUAGCUCCAUGUCACUGAACUGUCAGAUCUGUGUUUUUGUUUAAUUUUAUGAAUAAACGCUUUCAUCUGAAGUUCCAAUCUUUUCAGAAUUCGUCCUGAUUUGUUGUCUGUGCUUCGCAGCCUUGUGAAGUUGCUCUUGGCGAAGCCCGUCGCCUGUGGGUGUUCAGCAAGGCUGCAGACAGCAACUCAAAGAAUGAAAAGGCGUGACUCCCGGAGGAUCGGGAGGUUCACGUGCGAUGUUCCUUGAACAGAUUACCUUUCCUGCUUUCCACGGUGGCCCGGCCUCGCUCGGUGGCCGUCGCCUUUCUUGAGGCAGGUAGAGAAAGAGCCUGGCAGCUAGAUAUUGUUUGAAACAGGAGGAGCUUUUCCUGUCAGGCACUGCCAGCUGCCACAGCAACACUUCUGGUUCUUAUAUGAGAGAAAGCAAAAUUAACCAAAAUACUCGGUCUUCAGCAAGUAUUGUGUUUUAGAAACAAGAUUUUAAAGGUAACUCAUUUAUUUGCUUAGAGAUCAUCAGUGUAAUUUUAAUAAUUUUGAUAUGUUGAAAUAAAGUGAGAUUAACAGAAACGUCAACUUUCUGAUCCUCUUCAUGAGAAAUAUGUCAUAAUCUGCUUUGGAGAGCUGAAUAAAGAUGUGGAAAUAGAAAUAAUCAUUUCAUAUGAGCUCUGCCAUCAUAAGUCAUCAAUAAUCACAUCCAUACUGAUUUUCUGGAUAACUUUAAUUUGACAGCAGUACAAAUAAAAAGAUGGUUUAUUUCUUAGAUUUCUCAGACGGCACCUUCGUCAUUCCUCUGUCUCAUAAAGCAUGAUGACCGUUAUUGAUCACAAUGUCGUCAUUGAUUGUGUCCGAUCAGUAAUGUAAUCACUGGCUAAAGUAAACAUCCAUCC